CCGGCCCUCGGCAUCGAGGGCUCCUGGCCUUGGCUUAUAAAUUCCUGCCCUCUUAGGAAGAAUCCUGCCAAAUUAACCUACCAACUCACUCAGCUCGCCCGUCCUUUGUACAAAUCUAAAAACAGACUGCUCACCUUCAUCUGCCUUUCUCUGCUUCGGCACUACUCCACCGCGUGCUAGCUUUCGUGACGAAAAGGGUGUGUGUGGUUUAGCGGUAGGGACGAACUGAUCAUCGUCGUCGUCAAGAUGACGGUCGUCGACGUCGCCUCCGCCGGCGCCCCUGCUGCCGCGGUGCAGCUGGCGAACAGGCAGACCGUGUGCGUCACCGGCGCGGCCGGGUACAUCGCGUCGUGGCUGGUCAAGCGGCUGCUCGAGAAGGGAUACACUGUUAAGGGCACCGUCAGGAACCCAGAUGACCCGAAGAACGCGCACCUGAAGGCCCUGGACGGCGCCGCCGAGCGGCUGAUCCUCUGCAAGGCCGACCUCCUCGACUAUGACGCCAUCUGCCGCGCCGUGCAGGGCUGCCAGGGUGUCUUCCACACCGCGUCCCCCGUCACCGACGAUCCCGAGCAAAUGGUGGAGCCGGCGGUGCGGGGCACGGAGUACGUGAUCAACGCGGCGGCGGAGGCCAGCACGGUGCGGCGGGUGGUGUUCACGUCGUCGAUCGGCGCCGUCACCAUGGACCCCAACCGCGGGCCCGACGUGGUCGUCGACGAGUCGUGCUGGAGCGACCUCGAGUUCUGCAAGAAAACCAGGAACUGGUACUGCUACGGCAAGGCGGUGGCGGAGCAGGCGGCGUGGGAGGCGGCGCGGCAGCGCGGCGUGGACCUGGUGGUGGUGAACCCGGUGCUGGUGGUCGGCCCGCUGCUGCAGCCGACGGUGAACGCCAGCAUCGCGCACAUUCUCAAGUACCUGGACGGCUCCGCCAGCAAGUUCGCCAACGCCGUCCAGGCCUACGUCGACGUCCGCGACGUCGCCGACGCGCACCUCCGCGUCUUUGAGGCCCCGGGCGCCAACGGCCGCUACCUCUGCGCCGAGCGCGUCCUCCACCGCGAGGACGUCGUCCGCAUCCUUGCCAAGCUCUUCCCCGAGUACCCCGUCCCCACUAGGUGCUCCGACGAGGUGAACCCGAGGAAGCAACCGUACAAGAUGUCGAACCAGAAGCUCCGGGACCUGGGGCUGGAGUUCCGGCCGGUGAGCCAGUCCCUGUACGACACGGUGAAGAGCCUCCAGGAGAAGGGCCACCUGCCGGUGCUCUCUGAGCAGACCGAGCCGGAGGAGGCCCCCGCCGCCGAGCUGCAGGGAGGAAUCACCAUCCAAGCGUGAGACACAUAUCACAAAGGAACAGAAAGCAAAGUUCAUACUGCCCCUGUAAACCAAGUACUGUUUGUUUGUUGUAUGAUGGCCUUAUGAUCCUAAUCUAGUAAGGCCUGUAACGUCGUGUUCGUUCAUGUGAACUAUCGUGAGUGAAUAAAUAUGGUUAAUGUUCAAAGCUUAA